CUCACUGCCAAUCACAAACUUCGUGCCGUAGUACUAAGAGUCAAAACUAACGUGCGCUUUCAAGACGGAGUUAGGAAAACGAGAGACCCUCAAACAGACGCUGUGCAAACUACGCAUCCCACGUACUACACUAGUGCAACUCGAGGGCUAAUUCCUUUACUCAUAUUUAAGUUUUUCUGCAAGUUUUACGGUAGAAUGUCGGCUACUACUAUUCUAACGCCGUCGCCAAAUCCUAUUUCUGGGAAUGGAACUAACGGCAAUGAGAGCACUAAGGCUAACUCAGCGGAUAGAGUCAAAAGACCCAUGAAUGCCUUUAUGGUUUGGAGCCGAGAGCGACGGAGGAAAAUGGCGCAAGAUAACCCAAAGAUGCAUAAUUCUGAGAUAAGCAAGAGGCUUGGCUCAGAGUGGAAAUUACUGUCGGAACAAGAAAAGCGUCCGUAUAUUGAUGAGGCCCGAAGACUUCGCGCCGUUCAUAUGAAAGAACAUCCUGACUACAAGUAUCGUCCACGCAGAAAGAGCAAAACCCUCCUGAAAAAAGACAACAAAUACGCACUUUCUAUGCUGAGUGCGGGCCAGGCUGGAGGGCAGGUACAACGGACCGUUGGACAAAAUCCCGGUGAUCACUUCGUUCAGAUGGCUGGGUACGGUUACUCUCAAGGACUGAGCUAUAAUCCUAAUGACCCGUACGGUGCUAUGUAUGGAAGCAACGCAAUGUCCCCGCAUACACCGACGCAGCUUCAACCGCCGAUGAACGGACUACCACCUCAUGGAUCCUACUCGAACAUGUCAGCAUCCGCGCAGAUUUAUCCGUCCGUAAGCGUGAUGACAAGUCAACCCGUUGGCGCUGCGAGCUAUUCUAUCAACGGGACAAGUGGUGUUAUGUCGUCAAUCACUCCUCCAUACACGCAGCACAGUCCUUUAAUACUACCUAAUAUCAAGCAAGAAAUGCCUAGCCCCACAGGCAACAUGAAUGUCGGUGGGGUAACGCGAAAUUGUGCUGAUCAACUCGGUGACAUGAUCAACACUUAUCUCCCUCCGGCAGAUACGGCAAACCCGGUUAGUACAGUCAAUGGUCUUCCAUCUCAAACAAAUACGAUCUCGAGUCGUUAUUCGCAGCACUGGCAAGAUCAAAACACCAUCUCGAACAUGCCGAAUCAUCCUACGCUAGCCGGGAACAUAUCCAGUAUAUCUGGUGUCCGUGGAACGAUGCCACUCUCUCAUAUGUAAUAACCCCGAUAACAUUAUUUGUGUGACAAACGCGAGAAAGACCACCCAAGAUCAAGGCUAGUGCAAGAUCACGGUAAAUUAUAUUUUUUACUGUCUCGAGUAAUUUCUAUCGAGUUCUUAUUUCGGGCUAGUUUAUGCUCGAUAAGUUAUUUAGUUUACAUAUCUCCUGACAUGAGAAAUUAGAAAAAAAUUCAAGCGGGUCUAUUUGUUAUGGCCGUGACGCGUUGUAUUUGUGAAUAGCUUUGUUGAAGUGAAGCAAACUCGAUUUAAACGACUGCCGAAGUAGUCUAGCAUACGCGGAACUAUUGUACAGAAUAUGAAGAUCAAUCAUCCAAGCUGGGCCUUUUUGAGAGCUCCCAAAUUACUGAUAGUUAACGAGAGUUUUGAGAUAGUUUUGAAGACUUUGAAGGUUUCAUAAGUUGUCAGGGGAAGCAUAUUAAUAGCCUCUUCUUAUGUUGAGUAAUGUUACCAACAUGUGCACUAAUACAAACAGAAUCCUGACGAACUCUGUUCCCUUCAACGAAUUCAAACAAUCAUGUAUAUAAGAUCAGAUACAGAUAAUUUUCUUUAUUUUCGUUUUGAAAGAAAAAGCACAUUAAAAUAUUUCAAUCGAG